GAAACUGAGAGGGAGAGAGCCAGAAAGCGAGAUACACCAAAGCAAGCCCCCUUCUCCCUCUCUUCUUCUUCAUCCCCUUUUCUUCACUUUCUCUCUCCUCGAAUUCCCUCGUUUUUUCCUCCGUUUUCCACAGCUCAAAGAUCGUACCUUUCCCAAUUUCUUGAGUGAUUGUUGAACAUUCUACUCUAAAUUUUCAAUUUAUUUUGAAAAAAAUCGCAAAUUAGUGUAGUUUUUUGCGAGCUUGGUUUAGUGUUUUUGCAAGAUUUUAUCAAAAAAAUUGAUAAAAAAGGCGGUGAAUUUGGUCUGUUUUCGAAAGUUAGGUUACUGAAAUCGAGCUCCUGGAUUUUGAUUUCGCCCGUGCAAUUUGAGGUCUAGUAUUUUUGAAUUUUUAUUUUCGUUCAAUUUUUCUGGUUUCUCUCAAUUAUUGGUGAGCGAAAUUAAUUGAUUGGAGACGAUGGAGGAAAGAGAAAAAGGCGGGAAUUCGCCUCCUAAACCUACUACGGCCGCUGAAUUUCCGGCGAAGAAGCUCGCUAGGCAGCUCGAUUUCACCUCCCUUAGUGGCGCGUCUCAGCCACCCUCCACAACGGUAGCUCAACCUCCUUCCACAUCGUCAGAACAACCACUACCUCCACAGUCACAGCCGGUGUUGAUUGCGCCCUCGCAACAACCAGCGGCUCAAACGCCACCUCUUCCUUCAAUGCGAGUGGUAAAGCCGGAAUCCCCUAAGGCACGACCACGAGCCAACGUUGAAGCAAAAGAUGGUACUCCGAAGAGGCAGAAGCAGUGUAAUUGUAAACAUUCACGAUGUUUGAAGUUGUAUUGUGAGUGCUUUGCAUCUGGAGUAUAUUGUGAUGGAUGCAACUGUAAUAAUUGUUGUAACAAUGUCGAAAAUGAGGCUGCACGAAGAGAUGCGGUUGAAGCUACCUUAGAACGUAACCCAAAUGCAUUCCGACCAAAAAUUGCAAGCAGUCCACAUGGCAUUAGAGACCGUAGGGAAGAUGCUGGAGAUGUUGUGGUGGCAAAGCAUAACAAGGGAUGCCAUUGCAAAAAGUCAGGGUGUCUGAAGAAAUACUGCGAGUGUUUUCAAGCAAACAUUCUAUGCUCUGAAAACUGUAAAUGUAUUGAUUGCAAAAAUUUUGAAGGGAGUGAAGAGCGGCAAGCUCUUUUCCAUGGAGAUCAUGCAAAUAACUUAACUCAUAUGCAGCAGGCAGCCAAUGCGGCUAUUACUGGAGCUAUUGGAUCAUCUGGUUUCGCUUCCACGCCUAACUCCAGGAAACGAAAGGGCCAAGAACUCUUGUUUGGGCCAGCAUCUAAGGAUCCGUCUCUUUCAAGAGUUGGACAAUUUCAGCAGGCAAGCCAUGUUAAAACAUCAGGACCCUCUGCAGUAUCUUCAGGUCCUGCUUCUCGAGCUGCUUAUUCUGUUUCUCUAGGCUCUUCAAAGUUUACAUACAGGUCUCUCUUAGCUGACAUCAUCCAACCACAAGAUGUGAAGGAGCUGUGCUCAGUUUUGGUAGUAUUAUCGGAUGAGGCUGCCCAGACAAUUGCAGAAUCUAAUAAUGCUGACGAAAAGCGGGCAUGUGAUGAAGGAGAUGUUCCACGUGCAUCACCAACACAGGACAGAUCUCAGAGUCCAGACGAAUCGGAUGUGAAUACUGUACUUAACGAUAGUGUCAAUGGGAAUCAAACUGAUAGUGUAGUCCCUGAUGAUUCUAAUUUAGAUGGCAAUGAUCUACCAAAAUCCAGGCCAAUGUCCCCUUUAACACUAGCUUUGAGAUGUGAUGAACAAGAUACAAUGUUCAUGGCAGCGGGUUCUCCUAGUGGGUUAGGCAACCAUAUUCACUCAUCAUCUUCACAUUUGCCAGAGCAGAGCACUUCAGAGGUGUAUGCCGAGCAAGAGAGAAUCGUCUUGACGAAAUUUCGGGAUUGCCUCAACAGGCUUAUUACAUUUGGAGAACUAAAAGAAACAAAAUGUUCUUCCUUAGCUAGAUCUGAUUAUACGAGCUUUCAAGAUAUCGGCAAUGGCCACACUGCCAAAUUGAGAAGUGAUGGUCCGAAUCAACAACAGCAUCUUAACAAUGGUGUUUCAAAACCUGUAAUUCCAGCACCAACCAAGACACCUGCGAUGAUUGCAGCUACCAUUACUGCUGUUCCAUCCAACAAUCUUAGCUCCCAAAAUCCUCCAACUGAAAACGGUGAUGUAAAACCAAGCAUCUAGAAGGACGAGAACUAUCUAUACAUAUAAACAGUUUGAAGAAUGCACUGGCAAGCCAAGCUGCUGUGUGCUGAUACAGAACGGAGAUGAUGCUGGUAGUCAUUACGCUGUGAGAAAUUCCCUAAUUUAAACGACUGACAAAAGUCAUUGUAGUUCGAGAUUAAUCUGUCCAAAAGAUGUAAAAUCGAAUAUCUGUAUACACACACUAGUAUCUUGAAUUGGUAGAUGCUAGUGUGUUUCCAGUAAUUUAGUUUUAGUUUCUUUUUUCCCCUUUGUGCUCUUUAGUCUUUACAAGAAGUUGCACGUAGUCACAUCAAGCAGCAAAUCGCUAUACGGUAGCAUUGUACAUGGGAUACCUGCUUACCUUCCUUUUUAUCUCUUUCACCUUAAGGUGAGAUAGUAGUUGGUUUUUCAAGUAGCUUAUAUAGUACAAGUUUCAUCCUGAGCACCAUCUUUAACAUCUGUAUAUGGAGUACUACUUAUACUUCUA